UUGGUAACUUUGUCUACAUUCUAUCUACUUUCCAACUAUCCUUUGGAAGAAUCAGUUUAUUAUUUAUCAACCUUACUUUGGCAAGGUAAAAUCAAAACCUUUAAAACCUCUUUUUUAUCGCUAAUUAGUUUGUGUGGAUUUACUAACAUUUAACAGGCAUGAAGUUGGUUAUCGAUGUCUUUUUCAUGUGCUAUGUUGAGCCUCUAAACGUAAAAGACAAAGUAGCGCAGAAUGCCCCAUUUUAUCAACAUGCAUUGACGAGAACUAUAAGUCAUUACCUUAAGGACCUAAGUAGCUUUGAAAAGGUAAAUCCUUCAUAUUCAAUGGUAUCCAAUAUUGUUUGGAAAUACUUUUUUACUACUAGAGCCUUCAUCCAAUCAUACAACAUUAUUGAGCUCAGCCAUUUUGAAGAGCUAAACAUCCCAGAAGGUAUUCUCAUUACGGCUCCGUGUAGAACCGAGAAUCAUGACUUGCUAAUUGUUUAUGUUCCUAAUAUACCGUUGUUUGGAGGUGCUCCCUUCUUUUACGUUGAGUACCUGAUGACUUUGCAUAGCUUAUUAUUAUUGCAGGGGUUCAACAGUCCUUCCAUAUUCAUCAUGAAAUUUCCCGAGGAAAGUAAGACGUCGUCCAUGGAAUACAACCUAAAGUUUUUUACUGAAUCACUUGUCAAAAUAGUUGAGCAAAACCCAAAUUCUAAAGUCGUUUUAAUGGGUGAUUCUUUAGGAGCAACCUUAAUUUUGAAUUUUCUAUCAGUAAAGAGCGGAGUUUUCUUCAACGAGAAGACUAACGAUGAGAACAACAUGAACCUUGAUAUUGACCCAUAUGCGGUAAUCUUACUCUCUCCAAUAGUGAGUUUUGUCCAACCGGAAAAAUAUGCUGCUGGGAACUUGGAUUUUUUGACUCAAAGAUGUGUAGAUGAUAUGGCUUCAAAUUUUUGCUCCAACAAGGCCGCCGAUAGGUUCAACCCCGCAGCUUGGGAUAAGCUUGAAAUGUGGGAAAAAAUUGUUCCCGGCGGCGGAAUGGUAAUCACGUUUGGUGAUGAAGAGCUACAGAGCGAAAAAAUCGAUACCUUGAGCAAAUUGGCGUUCAAGACAGAAAGAGUCAAGAUCAUGAAAGCACACAACAAGGGCCAUUGCUGGCAAUUUAUUUCGUUCCUCACGGAAGAGACUCAAGAUGAAAAGGAAGACAGCUGUUUUCUUUUGGCUGGUUUAAUAUCUCGAAUGGUUAUAUACAAAACCGAGACAUAUAGGGAUCCAGAGCGUGCUUACGAACCUAUGAAUUUGUUAACCAUUGAUGACGAUCAUCUAUGAGGAUCCUCAUCCCCCUCAAGAAUGCCGCUGCAUCUCGCAAUUUGCUAAGCAAAGCAAGCCAAAGGCUCAUGCUAGAAAUAUAUAACUAUCAGUGUCAGCACCACUGGGAUGCCUGUCGAUGUGUAAUCUGUUUAGCACCGCUCGUCUAGUGACAUCUAUGAUAAGAGAAGACCUUCUGGUCAAUUACUUAGUCCGUGAUACGUUUUUCUUUCCCAAUGCGAUAAAACCGA